UAUACAGCGUUUGCGGGCAUUCGUAGUUUCCGCACAUCAGAAUAAUAAUGGGGCGUGAGAGCGGAAAGAUGGGGGCCAUCAGAUCAGUGUCUCAGCGGAUCGAUCAGAGGCCCGCAGGGAUGGCGAGGCUUGUCCGUGCGCAGUGCUCCUAGUGGUGUGAAGCCAAAUCAACCAGCGGUCAGUCGGUGGUCUCGCAUCAUUCACGUCAAUCGAGACAAUACAUCCAAAGGUCUGAUGGCGAUGAAAUGCAAAAUGAUGCAAUGAAAUUCCCAAAAAAGAAACACAACCAAUCGAGAUGCUCAGUGGACCCUCCCAAUGUCCCUCGCCUCCUCCCUCAAUCCACUUCGUCUCCCCCUCCUUCUUCCCGGGUGAUCCUCGGCGCUGCGACGGUGAUACCGCGCGGUCGACCCUGUCCUUCGUCCGUAUUCGCGGGAUCGUCAUCUCCCCGAGGUAGGUCUCCUAGAGCGAUCGUAGCUCGUCGCUCGGGUCCCGUCUCACCGAUGCGAGCAAGAGGCGAUGUAGAUGUGGAUACUCUAGACGACGGAGAGAUCAGAGUCAUAGGCGUACCAUUCUCGUCUGGUGUUCCGCCUGCGGAUGUACCAGUCGCAGGAGACGACGGCCGCGAUUUCUUCCCGAACCACCCGUGUCUCUCCUUUGACGAGGUAUCCGCGUUCAAUCCCUCCUCAUCCGGGACGGUCGAGCCAUUCAUCUUGGGUGAACCGGCCUCGGAUGAUUCAGAGGGCGACGAGUGAACAUGGACAAUUUGACCGUCUGAAUCGCGCUUCAUACCUGAGACUGCCAUGGGGAUAGCCAGGGCGUCUCGCAGUUUGUCCUCAACAGAGAUUGUCUUUUUGGUGCGUUUUGAUCUGAA